AUGUCUCUCUUCUUCACAAAAGAAUCCAUCUCCUUCUUUAGCGAUUCAUCCAUGGAGGAAUCAGUAUUAUCAUCUGAUGCACGGGGAAAAGGUGUCCUUGUCGAUGUUGUCAAUAUUGAUGAUCGAAUAAGCAAACUCCCUAACGAUCUUUUGCUCAAGAUCUUAUCGGCAUUGUCCACAGAAGAAGCCGUGAGAACAAGUAUCCUUUCAAAACGAUGGGUGGAUGUGUGGAAAGACACAUCUCAUCUCUUCUUGGACAUGCGAAAGAUGGCCAAAUUUGGAUCUCCUUUGUCCGUUGUUGCUCAUCGUGCUAGAUCUAUGACCAAGGUCAUAAACGAUCACCGUGACCAUUUGGAAAGAUGCACAAUCUACUACUACCCAUACCAAUUAUUGCUAUGUGAAAACGGGAUGCUUGAGUCAUGGAUUCAAUCAUUGGUUCAUGUGAAACACGUCAACCAUCUCACACUUGUCAACUGCCGGUAUAACUUAAAAUCUCCACAUGCUUUCAACAGUUGCUGGAAUCUAAAGAAACUAAAACUAGUUGGUAUUUCCGCUGAGAUUGGAGUCUUUAACGUAGUUCUCUUGUCUUGCCCUUCUCUCGAAGUACUUAUACUAGACAUCAAAUGCCACAAAACAAGUGGUCCUCUUAAGAUUUAUAACCACAACUUAAAGGUCUUGUACUUAUCAAGUUAUCAAAUUAAUGGCAUUGAAGUGUCUACACCAAAUCUUGAGAUCUUCAUAGUCAGAUCUCUCUCGUGUGAGAUGGAGAAUUUCGUCAUUGCAAACCCUAGACUCCAGUUUAACAAAAAUUAUUGGACUACAGGAGAGAUAUAUCCACACGCCAGCUAUUAUAUAUCAUGCCCCCAUCAGGAGCAAAAAAGCGUUGGACAUGAAUUCAUGGUGAGGGAAGCAAGUGAAUAUCUGACAAGUUAUGCAUCGAUGUCGGUGAGUGUAGACUUGAAAAAUACAAAAGAAGUUGAGGUGCUGAAAGAAGUCUUAGCUGCAUGGCUUGGUGAAAUGCAUGAACUUGAGAUCUUAUUGAAGAACAACAAUGCUUGUAGGGAAGAAGGUGAGUCUUCCAUUGGAAGAACAGAAAAUAAAUUUUGGGAAGAGACCAAACCGUUUCCCAACGCUUUCUUACGUGCAUAUAAUGUCUGGCUCUUUAACUUUAGCGGUUCAAAAGAAGAGUUUACGUUAGCCUCGCGUUUGAUAACGCAAGGGACGGUGGUCAAGACUCUGAAAAUCAAACCGUCGUCGAAAUGUAACAAGUUGGAGAUAGAAGCGAUAGUGGCCAAGCUAAAGGAACUUCCAAAAGGUCACAAAGAGCUUAGUAUCGAAAUGUUCUAA